AGGCUGAUGAAAAAGAGAGAUGAGGGAGGGAAGAUUCGUGUUGACUUUCCUUCUCUGUGUUUCUUUCCAUUACAAAACAUCAAACAAUUUGAUCAAAAUAUCUUAUUGUUGAUUCGAUCCAUCUUCUUCUUCUUCAUCAUCAUCGACCUCACGCGUUGUGUCGUCGUCUUAUUCUUCGUUUUCACAUAAAUAUCGUUGCAUCGAUCUCCACCUAAGUUUCGUUGAUCCUUAUUCAAAUCUCGCGUUGUGACUUGUGAGUGAACCAAUCAUGGGAAACUGUUGCGGAACGGCGGGAUCGUUCCCUCAGAACGACGACAGCAACAAACCAAAGAAAGGAAAGAAGAAGCAAAACCCUUUCUCGAUCGACUACGGUCUCCACCACAACGGAGGAGGAGGAGGAGGUCUCAAACUCAUUGUCCUAUCCGAUCCAACAGGUCGAGAGAUCGAGCAGAAGUACACGCUAGGUCGCGAGCUAGGGCGCGGAGAGUUCGGCGUCACGUACCUUUGUACGGACAAGGAGACAGGGGAGGUUUUGGCGUGUAAGUCGAUCUUGAAGAAGAAGCUGAGGACGGCUGUGGAUAUAGAGGAUGUGAGGAGAGAAGCUGAGAUCAUGAGGCAUAUGCCUGAGCACCCUAAUUUGGUUACGUUGAAGGAGACUUAUGAGGAUGAGUAUGCUGUGCAUUUGGUUAUGGAGCUUUGUGAAGGUGGUGAGUUGUUUGAUAGGAUUGUGGCUAGAGGACAUUAUACUGAGAGAGCUGCUGCUGCUGUUACUAAGACCAUUAUUGAAGUUGUUCAGGUGUGUCAUAAGCAUGGGGUAAUGCACAGGGAUCUGAAACCUGAGAACUUCUUGUUUGCAAACAAGAAGGAGACUGCACCUCUUAAGGCUAUUGAUUUUGGACUCUCGGUUUUCUUCAAACCAGGCGAGAGGUUCAACGAAAUCGUUGGGAGUCCGUACUACAUGGCUCCUGAGGUGCUAAAACGAAACUAUGGGCCCGAAGUUGACAUCUGGAGUGCUGGUGUAAUUCUUUACAUACUUCUCUGUGGUGUUCCACCUUUCUGGGCAGAAACUGAACAAGGAGUUGCACAAGCAAUUAUUCGAUCUCAAUUGGACUUCAGAAGGGAUCCAUGGCCCAAGGUUUCUGAACACGCCAAAGACCUUAUCAGGAAAAUGCUUGAUCCUGACCAAAAGCGUCGUCUCACAGCUCAGCAAGUGCUAGAUCAUCCAUGGUUACAGAAUGCAAACACGGCUCCCAAUGUAUCACUAGGUGAAACAGUAAGGGCAAGGUUGAAGCAGUUCACUGUCAUGAACAAGCUCAAGAAACGAGCACUCAGGGUUAUUGCUGAGCAUCUAUCAGAUGAAGAAGCUUCUGGUAUAAGAGAAGGGUUCCAAAUAAUGGACACAAGCCAAAGAGGGAAGAUCAACAUCGACGAGCUGAAAAUAGGGUUGCAGAAACUUGGCCAUAACAUUCCCCAAGAUGAUAUACAAAUCUUGAUGGACGCUGGAGAUACCGAUAAAGAUGGAUACUUAGACUGUGACGAGUUCAUUGCCAUAUCAGUGCAUCUCAGGAAAAUGGGCAAUGACGAGCAUCUCAAGAAAGCGUUUGCCUUCUUUGAUCAAGAUAAUAACGGAUAUAUCGAAAUUGAGGAGUUGAGGGAAGCUUUGUCUGAUGAAGUUGGUACCAGUGAAGAAGUUGUUGAUGCCAUUAUACGCGAUGUUGAUACUGAUAAGGAUGGAAGAAUAAGUUAUGAAGAGUUUGUGACGAUGAUGAAGACGGGAACAGAUUGGAGAAAAGCUUCGAGGCAGUACUCGAGAGAACGGUUUAACAGUAUCAGUCUCAAACUGAUGCAAGAUGCAUCGUUGAAUGCCAAUGGCGAUACAAGAUGAGAGAGUCUGAAUCAAAGAGAUGCAAAUCUUUCUUCGUUUCUUUAUUUUUUUUAUCAUUGAGUUUUUUUUUUUUGGUUGUUCUUACACUACGAUGUAAGCAUCUUAGGCUUGUAAGUUAUAACGAAUCGUGUGUUUGAUUUUCUGGCUGAGAGCGAGCAUGUGGAUCAAGAGAUAAAAAGAGUGUGGCAUGUGGCAGUGUGUAGAUAUUUUGUAUUACUGUGUGCUGAUAGAGACAUCUUCAUUAGUUUUUCUUGUGAUUAUCUGUAAUUUUCCAUAACAAUUGAAGAAUUAUAUGAGAGAUUGGAUUUGUUUUCUCUUUUGACAAUC